AUACAGACUAGAAUAAUACUAACUGUCAACACGUUUUCAUCAUGGCCUUCAGAAUUGGAAACUUCACACUUACGUCUGUUACAAAACUGGCUCACCAAAGCGCCUCCAAGCAAGCUGGCAAUAGAUCUCUUCACAUCACUGCAAAAUCCAUGAAUAAGAAGUUUAAUCAGCCACUGAGCGGUCACGACAUGCCAAGAUCUGGAGGAAUUGCAACUACCUUUAGACUUCCACAUCAGGACAACAAGCCCGAGGGAUUGGACGCCUGCUUUGUUGGUAUCCCCAUGGAUAACGGAGUAUCUGGGCGUACUGGCACCCGUCUUGCCCCCAGGCAAUUACGACAAGAGUCAACGAUCAUUCGCUCUGUCAAUAUGACAGGGGCUGCACCAUUUGAGUCGAUACAGGUGGCAGAUAUCGGAGAUGUACCUGUGGUCCCAUUCAACUUGAAGAGAACUGUCAAUGUGAUUUCCGAUUACUACAGACGAGUCGCUAGUGCUGGAUGCAUCCCUAUAACGAUGGGUGGGGAUCACACAUUAUCAUACCCGAUUCUUCAAGCCAUGAAAGAAAAGUACGGUCGAGUUGCAAUGAUACAGAUUGAUGCUCACACCGAUCUCUACGACAACAUGAUGGGAGAGAAACUGGCUCACAGCACACCGUUCAGGAGAGCACUGGAGGAAGAUUUGCUUAGUCCUGAGCAUGUGUAUCAGAUUGGCUUGAGAGGGAGCAUGUACAGUGUUGAUGAAUACUCUGAGGUCUAUGAAUGGGCACAAAAUUUGGGUCUAAAAAUGGUAUUCGCUAACGAGUGCUGGCACAGGUCUUUGGAUACCCUGAUGGCUAAGAUUAGGAAAGAGCUGGGAGAUAUGCCUGUGUACCUGACAUUUGAUAUUGAUGCUAUUGACUCCAUGGAUUGUCCUGGAACUGGUACUCUUGAGACAGCUGGACUCACCCCCAUCCAGGCCUUGGAGAUAGUGAGGGGUUGCAGGGGUCUCAAUCUGAUUGGUGCCGAUGUUGUUGAGGUGAACCCUCUGUUUGAUCCGAGUGGAGCCACGGCCAAUAUGGGGGCCAAUCUUCUUUUUGAGAUACUCUGUGUACUACCAGGAGUCAAGUACUUUGACUCACCGAAGGGAAAUGUUGACUUUUAGAUAUAAAUGUGUGUAUACAUGUAGAAUUGUUCAAUUUUGUUUUACCAUCAUCUUUCACUCUCAAAACAAAAUUAAUAAACUGUUAAUCGAUCAUGAGAA